GUGUUCUCCACCCACCUAUGGGUGUGUGUCUCCACCUCUCAUUUUUUUAAGAGCAGCCGGCUAGUUUCAGCCAGGGAUGACAAAUGAAUGAGUACACGAAUGAACUAAGACGCUAAGAUUUUUGGUGAAACAGGACUUAUUUCAUGUGUCCCUUUUCUUUAGGAGGCGACAGCUUCACUGGAAGUAGAAGAUAAGGAAAGCGAGAGAGACAAUGUUUUAGAGAAACCCGUGCUGGAAGCCCAUUUUCUACAAUGAACAAUGAGGACGAGUUUUAUGAUGCCGUCACAGGCUUGGAUUCAGAUGGAUCUUGUGAAGGCACAUCAGAAUGCAGUUUUAAAGAUGCUGUAGUCAUUCAGAAGAACAAUGGUGUGGUUCCUCAGGAGAAUGGAAUCAAGAACCGCAGGUUGUGUCUUCCUGCUCCUAUGUUCUCCAGAACGGAUUUUAGCAUAUGGAGCAUCCUCAAGAAGUGUAUUGGACUGGAACUGUCCAAGAUCACCAUGCCCAUCGUGUUCAACGAGCCCUUGAGCUUUCUACAAAGAAUCGCAGAGUAUAUGGAGCACACAUACCUCAUCCAGAAAGCCUGCGAGCAGUCAGACUCUAUCGAGAGGAUGCAGACGGUAGCUGCCUUCGCCGUGUCUGCAGUCGCCUCUCAGUGGGACAGAACUGGCAAACCUUUUAACCCCCUUUUAGGAGAGACCUACGAACUUACACGAGAGGAUCAGGGUUUCAGGCUGAUCUCGGAACAGGUGAGUCACCAUCCGCCCAUCAGCGCCUUCCACACAGAGGGUCUGUCGGGUGACUAUGUGUUCCAUGGCUCCAUCUACCCUAAACUUAAGUUCUGGGGCAAGAGCGUGGAGGCAGAACCUAAAGGAACCAUCACGCUAGAGCUUCUCAACCAUAAGGAGGCAUAUACAUGGACCAAUCCAUUCUGUUGUGUACACAACGUCAUUCUGGGUAAACUGUGGAUUGAGCAAUACGGCACUGUAGAAAUUGUCAAUCACAGUACUGGUGAGAAAUGUGUCCUGAACUUUAAACCCUGUGGGAUGUUUGGGAAAGAGCUGCACAGAGUUGAAGGGUACAUCCAGGACAAGAGUAAGAAGAAGCGCUGUGUGAUCUAUGGGAAAUGGACGGAGUGUAUGUGGAGUGUAGAUCCACAGGUGUACGAUGCCCAUCGGAAACUCGAGAAGAAAGGAACGACAGACACUAAAAAACAAAAACCGGAGGAGACAGAUGGAUCUGUCAAUGAGGAUGCUGAUGAAAUGCCUGAGGUACAGGAGACAGUGGCAGUGGUUCCUGGCAGCACAUUACUUUGGAGAAUAUCAUCUAGACCACCACAUUCAACAGAGAUGUAUAACUUCACUAAUUUUGCGAUGACACUGAACGAAUUGGAACCUGGCAUGGAGGGAGUGCUGGCACCAACAGACUGCCGCUUACGCCCUGACAUCAGAGCCAUGGAGAAUGGCAACAUGGACGAAGCCAGCAGCGAAAAGGAGCGACUGGAGGAGAAACAAAGAGCAGCUCGUAAAGAACGAGCCAAAGAUGCUGAAGAAUGGUCCACUAGGUGGUUUCAGUUAGGCACAAAUCAAUAUACAGGAUCACAGGACUGGCUUUACACCGGAGGUUACUUUAAUAGGAAUUACACAGACUGUCCUGAUAUCUACUGAUGAGAAAGACCACCUUCCUAUUUCUCUCCACCUACAGCAUCCUCCUCACCUCUACACAACAUAAUAUUCAAGUGACAGCGACACUGUAGCUCUCCAUCAGCACUCGCUCACCCAAAUUCAUAUUGUUCACCUGCAAUCUUCUAUUGCACCAGAGGAUCGUCAGUCAUUUAUAUGUUUGUUUAAUCGUGGAUAGAAAUGAGAGGGGAAGAUGAUUGGAUUAAAUGCACUCGUUUUUAGGAUUUCAUGGUUUUGUUCGUAAGCAUCUUUGCUUGAUGUGACAUUAACCCUGCAGGUUUAUCAAUGGAGGAAAGUUGCAUACAAGCAAGAGAGUUCUGCCUUAAGUCUCAGUGCAUCAGCUACUUUUUCCACAGCAGUGUUCAUAUUAUUAUACAUGUAUGUAUUAAAACAACAUUAAAAACAGAUCUUUUGCUAGCACUGAGACACAAAAGUGCCCUGGUCCAGGUGUAUGUAGAGUUAGAGAGAGAGCGUAAAGGUGAUCAAGCAUAAAUAAAACAACAGUAAUAAUGUUUAACAUUAAUAAUAACCUCUGUCUGUGUGUGCAAUGUGGGAAUACAUGUAAAAAGCCAUAGAUUUUGUUUUAAUGGUACAACGUUUUGCCUUUGGAUUUCUGUUUUCACACUCUUGAAAAUUCUGGAUUGUUUCAACAAAUGGACAAACCCAACCAUGGGUUGGAAUAGACCAGCAUUUAUAAAAUGCCAGUCCUUGAUUUAAAUAGCUUCAUCAUUAAUAUAAAUUAUUAUUAAGCAUUUUUAAAUAGCUUCUAAUAGCUCUUAUUGUUUCUUUCACUACCUGCUCACCAACAGAGACUUGUGGGAUGUAAAGUAGGCUGGAUGUAUUAAAAAUGAAUGUUAAAUAAUUAGCAAAUGAUGUCAAUUCAUUGUUUAUUGUUAUAAAUGCACAAAGUCUGUAUUGUAUUUGUGCCACUGUUCCUCAAGCACUGUCUAGGAAGUUUUAUGUAGAGGAGGGUGUCAUGGGUUGUUUUAUUUAUCUGCAUUUGCAUCUCUUCACAUGUACAUUCCUAAAAACAGACUGUACAGUACAAUAUCCACAAAUGUUUCACAAUAAUCUAUGCAACCCAUCAAACAGAUAAAAUUCCUCAUGCUUAAAUAGUUCAGGCUUCAUAAUCAUAAAGAUUGGCAGCUGUAAAGUACAGUAACUGUAGUGUCCUUCAAUUCCUAUUCUGCUUCUCGGUCACAUUGGGUCUUUUGGUUUUUGCUUUAAAAAGACUUUUAUGAUUUAAAGACAUAUUUCAGUCCACUGAGGUUUUUUCUUUCAUUUAGAGAGGAUCUAACUUAUGAAGUGUGCAGGAAAUGAACGCAGAUUUUGAUGCACAGUGAUGUUACAGCAGUUGUUUACACAAACAUGUUUUCUUUGCUACAGUGCCUUUUUCUUUUCUCCACUAAAUGUUGAGGGUAUUUUUAAAAAUUUAAGUACGUUGGACAUUUAAUUCGAUUUUUUUCUAACCACAUUUUGUCUUUGUGAAUGUCUAAAAAGGAAUGUUAAAAUGUACUCGCAAUUUGUUGGAUACACACGUGAAAAUUACACUACUUAGUAUGUGUCGUUUAUUUUGUCUGCUUAUUCAUUAAAUGUACGUUUGAUUAUUCAAAAACUAACGUUAAAACUCAUAUUCCAUGAUUAAAAUAGAUUUUAUUUUUAUGCGGCUUUGUGUCAGUCAUUCCAAAAUGAAAUCACAAGCACAUAGGUUCUUAUUUUGUGCAAUGAUUUAUUUUUAUAGUAUUUAAUUUUUUGGAACGGUGUCAAAUGGUAUUUUUACAGUAAAAUACAAUGUCCAACAGAGUUUGCUUUAUAAUUUGGCAAGAAAGUCUGCUAAUUACAAUUCUAGUGUGAAUAUGUUGCAUCUUUUGGAAUAAAAACUGUACAUUUA